AUGGCACCGAUUCUUCAUCCUAUCCUGCCUCAAAGUGAGGAGGCCCUCGACAAGCCAAUUCCGCGUGGGCCCAAAUCUCCAAGGCGGCUUGCGCAAAUCCAGGCGCAGAAUCGGCGGCGUGAGCAUUUAGCACGACACCCAUCCUACUUUGAGAGUAUAGAGCAUGAACUAGCAGAUCCCGUUCUCUAUGAACGCCUGGUGAAGCGGUUUCAGACAGCCUCGGAGCGUGAAGCCGAGGGCAAGGUGAAGGGCUAUGGCAGGACCCUCGAGGCUGACCUACAACGAGGAGAGUCCAAGCUCUCCAAGUUGAAAGAGUCAAAUGGGUCAGGGCGCACGCCGAACGGCAUAGAGAACUCUGACGGCGACCUCGAACACCCGUGGGAAAAGCCAGCGACCGACAAGGCUCAUGGUCUGCAGCUGUGGCAUGCAUUUCUGGAAGAGCGAUUCGUCCAUGGUCUCGACGAAGACAUUGAUUACCGCCCCAUCGAUGGGGAUGAAGACCUCGACACUAUGAUCAGGCAGGACGCCCAAGACGCCUGGUUUGAUGAUGAAGAGCCGAGCUGGGUUGACGAUGAGGCGUCGGGGACAGACCAACAACCAAGACGGGGCGAGACGGGCAUCCAAGACUUCUAA